AAAUGCCUCAGCGUCUUUAUCUUCUGUCAAAAAGACUCGAUGUCAUUCCUCCUAGCAUAGCAAAGGGAUUGAAUACUUCACAACUCGAAGUAGUUACUGCCAUGUUGUCCAGCACUAGCCCUCUCAUAUUAGCACAUGGUGGCGUCAAACUUAACCUAGCUGCUGCGACACACUGUGCUCAUCAUCUUCAUGUUAGGUCCGCCUGGUACUGGGAAGACCACAACUAUCUCAACCGCGGUUAAGAUACGAGCAGAAAGAGGUGAAAUGAUUUGGAUCGUAGCACAGUCCAAUAUUGCGGUGAAGAACCUUGCGGAAAGUCUCUGCAAGCAUGACGUAGAUUUCAGGCUAGUCGUUUCAAAAGAAUUCUAUGUCGAAUGGCACGAACAUAUUUAUGAAAAAAUCGAACGGAAAUUGAUACGAUCUGAUGAAUUACGGAGUGAUCUUCUCGAGUUGCAAUGGAUCCUUGGUGACACGACUAUUUUGCUUUGUACACUAAGCAUGCUAUCCAACCCAGUCUUAGAAGACC